UCCUCCACGGUACGGUGAACACCAUGGAAAUAAGUUGUUGCCGUUCUGUUGUGUGUCAAUCAUACAAUAAUCUAUCUUUAAAGGCUCCGGAGACUUCAAAACCGGCUUACUGGAACGUACUUAGUCAUUCGCUCUUCUAGAACUGACUGCAUGUGUAUCUGCCUGGGUUAGUAUUAGCAAAAUGGACGUGGACGCAGCUUUGCGCUACAUUGGACCUCUCGGCCGCGUGCAGAAUUUGAACUGUCUCAUCUACGCGCUGACUGUCUUCCCCGCGGCCUUCCAGCUAACCGGGAUCGCCUUCACCAUGGGUCAACCCAACGGGUACUACUGCCGACCACCCCCGGGGUUCACGCCGAAUCAGACGGUACCGGGGUGGGGACGAGUUGACCCGGAGGAGGAGAGGGAUGGGUGUCACCAGUACGAGGUCCGCAAUGGCGUUGUGACUGGGAAUCUGACUGGCUGUGAUGAUGGGUGGGUCUACGAGACGGAUCAUGGGGAGUCCAGUGUUGUCACUGAUUUUGAUUUGGUGUGCGACAAGACGAUCCUGGGCGGGACCCUACAGUCCAGCAUCCCCCUCGGCAUACUCGUGGGUUCGUACAUCACCGGGCAGAUCUCGGACACCUUCGGGAGGCGUCCGGCACUUCUCAUCUCACUGGUCGGGAUUGUGGCCUUCGGUAGCGCCAUGAGCGUCACCUGGAACUACCAUCUGAUGUUCCUGUUCGGAUUUCUCCUCGGCUGUUUCAUGCCCGGCAUUCUGAUUGUACGUUACAUACGGAUAAUAGAGAUGUACACACCAAACCUGCGGCUGAUGGGACACACCUUCAGCGCUAUGCCCUGGUGCCUGGGUUUGCUCCUCGUCGGCCCGCUGGCCUACCUCCUUCCGGAGUGGCGCCAUUUUCAACUCGUAGCUACUCUGCCAUGUGUCCUACUAUUCUUCCUUGUGUGGUACUCGUACGAGUCCGUCCGUUGGCUAGUCCAGAAGGGCAGCGUAGAUGAAGCCGAGGCAAUCGUUCAGGUCAUCGCCAAAUCUAAGAGUGUCUCUCCACCCGGAGGGAAGUUCCUCCGAGUCCCAGACGAAGGAGUCUCUAAAAAGGAGGACAUUAAAGCGCCCUCAACGGAAGACAAAGUCCGAGGAGAGGAGCCCGGUAGUAAGGGUGAAAGCCAAGGUGAUGCUGACCCUAAAACGAAGCGUUUCACUGUUUUGGAUUUGUUUAAGACACGUAGACUCGUCUUCCGGUCACUUGUGAUGUUCUAUUGCUGGUUCACCAGUAAUUUCGUUUACUACGGUUUCAUCAUCAACAUCACAAAUUUGGCGGGAGAUAAAUAUUUGAACUUCUUCCUGUUGGCGUUGACCGAAGUGCCGUGUUUCAUCUUUGAUUAUGUUGUCAUUGGAAGAUUUGGGAGACGCAGACCCCUGGUUGUGUUCUACGAGCUUUGUGGCGUGGCGUGUCUCAUCACCGCCUUCGUUCCUAAGAAGACAAGCAGUGGAGAGGACCUAACGGUUCUGACUGUGUGUGUUGCUGUGAUUGGUAAGUUCUUCAUUACUGCAGCAUUUGACGUCACGUAUCUCGUCACUGCAGAAGUUUUCCCCACAGUUUUGAGGAAUAUUGGAGCUGGUAGUGCCUCUGUGUUCGGCCGCAUUGGUGGCAUUGUCGCCCCGUUCGUCGUGUACCUUAAUAUAAUACACGGAUCUAUCCCCCUAAUUGUCUUUGGUAUCGCCUCGCUGGUUGCCGGCCUGCUAGUUUUGACUCUACCAGAGACGCACAAUAAACCAUUACCAGAGACUAUUGAGGACGGAGCCAGGUUAUCAGGGACGGACUAGUCCACUAUUCA